AUGAGGUGUGUUAGCCUCUAUCUUUGGUGCUGCUGGAAUCUGGCCGCGGUUAUUGGCCAGCUAAAACCCGUAGUGGAAAAAAAUAACGAGCAUGAACAUAUACUUCGAAUAAUAUCGAAAUAUGAUGAUUUCAUGCACUACAAGAGCUUUAUCACAUUCGUUGGAGACUUGGAUGUUGGAGAAGGAGAAUCUAAAAUUACCCCUUCGAUUGAGCAUCGCAUAAUGGAGACUUUUGGACGUCCGGUGAUUGUUGCAGGCUCCGAAACAGAAUGGCAUAUAAACACUUUAAAGUACGCCAAAAUCGGAUUUUUGAAUGAGUAUCAAGCAUCAAUUGCUGUUUUCCAGAGUCCACCAUAUGCAUUUGUGUACAAUUCUACGGAGCAGCGUGACUUAACCGGAGACAAUGUUAGCCUUGGUGGUCAAACGGGCAUAAUGAUAUGCGAAUUUUUGCGCUUUGCCAAAGGAACUAUGCAAAUUCUACAGAUGUCAAGUGAAGAUUAUUGUCCCGAUAGCACACAGUGCCGUAUAGGCGAGAAAAGUAUUGAUAUCGGCGCGAAUCUGGUAUCGAAUACUAAUCUGAGCCUUUAUAGUCCCUGGGUAACAUCAACAAAAUUUUGUCUGGUCGUGCCUUAUGAACGUAAAGUGUCCUUUCGGAAUUAUGUACCACGUCUCUGGGGAAAUUUGUCCAUGACAGGGUUUUUUAUUUUUUACUUUAUGGUCAAUGCUGUGAUCAAGCGAUUAACUAAUCCCCGUAUGCCACUGUGCCUACUUAUUUUCGAAGCAUUUGAACUUUCCUGGGGACUGGCAGUCCAUAAUAGAGUGAUUCGUCGCAUGAGCCGAUCAGAAAAGAUCAUGAUGAUUUGUUCGUUACUCUACAGUUUGUUGACCAUAAGCAUAUUUGGAAGCGCUGUUACAACGGCUAUUACUCUUGGCUUUAAUAUGCCUGAGAUUGUUGACAUUGACUCGUUUGUGGCCAAUAACAUAAGCAUCAUGACUUCUACAGUUCAGAUUGAAAAAGUUUUGCAAAUUGACUCGCUGCCUCGUGCUUUAUUUGAUCGCAUGAUUUUUGUAGACCAGAGUACACUCGAUCAUCAUUUGAACAGCCUAAACGACAGCUAUGUCUACAUAUUAGAAACUCACAGAUGGGUCCAAUUCGAGUUUAUUCAGAAGCGUCUGCGGCAACCCAAACUAAAAUUGGCAUCCGAACCGUUGUGCAGCGUGGAGCUUCAUUUAAGGCUACCUAUACAUCCGGAUAUUCCCUAUACAUUUGCUUUAAAAAGGUUCAUCGGUCAAGCACGCGAAACAGGUCUCCAGGAGAAAUGGAUGCGACUGGGAUUACAGCAAUUGAAGAGAGCCAAGUUAAUACGACAAACGCCAUAUGAGCCUCCAACCCAAGUGACAUUGCCUCUGGAAUACUUUACUGUGCCCUUUCAAUUCUAUGCAACGGGUAUAUUGUUGAGUCUGUUCGUCCUGCUCAUUGAAGGUCUCUAUAUACAGUGGCACUUGCGUCGGAUGAAUCCUAACAAUGUUCUCAUAGUAUAA